GUAUACCGACAUUGCAACUAAAUUAUGUAUACGUGGAAACUGUUCGGUCAUGUUCUCAAACGAUUCGAUACCAGUUGCAGUCAUAAUGGUGGCAGGUUAACAUAUUUCGUUAAGCACCGGGAUAUUACUUACGGCAAAUUCGGUGUUUACCGCGACGAAAUAAACCUGUGGUUUCGGGAGCAGCGCAAGCAAGUCACCCAAGCCUGUAGGAAGCAAUUUGAGUUUAUAACGGCACAGAGAAUCAGGAGACAUGUGCAAGUAUUUUACCUUUAUACGAGGAUAUGGGACGAGGUGGCAUUGAGAGAGUUCAUGAGGUCAUGGAAAUCGAGAAUCACCAGAAAUUUCCUAUUCAGCACAAUUGCCGUAACUAUGUACAAUUGGGAUCGUGAGAGGAUCGGUGACGAGGAAAUUAAUAAAUAUAUUCAUGAAAUUGAAGGGAUUCACAGGUUACGAGAAUGUACAGUGAUAUGCGCGAAAUGCCAUUUGCGGAUUGUCGUUGAUGUUAUACAGUCCAAUGUAAAAUAUUGUAAAUGCAAUGGAGUUCAGUCUACCGCUUCUAAUCAAAAUUCGGAUGGUUGGCAGCCUUAUAUCGAACGUCAGGAUAUGUUAAUAUGGAGGCGGCAGGAGCCUGGAGGAUUAUAUGCAUACAAAGUAUAUGGCUCGUUCUCUGACGUCACUGCCGAAGACUUCUUACAAGUACAAAUAGAUGUCGAUUAUAGAUUGGAAUGGGAUUCUACCGCUAAGGAAUUAGAGAUCAUUGAAACUGAUCCGCAGUCAAAAUCAUGUAUCGAUCAAAGUAACGAUGUUAUUCAUUGGGAGAUGCUCUGGCCUAGAUUAUUUUCAAAUAGAGAUUAUGUGUUUCAACGACGGUGGAUUGUAAAUAGGGAAACUGGAAUCAUAAUUAUUGUCAGCAGAGUAACGGAACAUCCUGAUGUACCAAUCAUACGUGGUACUUAUAGGGUCAAGUCGUAUUGGUCGCACAUGGUGAUAAGACCUUAUACAGAAUUCAACAAGCCAGGCAUCGAAUUCGGACUCACAUACUUUGACGAUCCUGGUGUAUCCGUGCCGACACCUGUUACCUCAUGGGUAGCACUGAGAGGUUUACCUGACUUCUUGAUACGUAUGCGGAAUGCCUCGAAGAAUUACCAGAAAUACAAAUUGAUCAAACGAGGCAAGGCUACAUUUGACAAUAGUCAUCCGUUGUCUGAAGAACAAGUUAAAUCAGACUCUGCUACUAGCAGUACUACUGAAUUAAAUAUAAUACACAAUAUACAGCAGGAGAGUGACGUAGCAGAGAAUGGAAAUAGGGACACUGCUACUAAUUCCUCAACCAAAAAACAAGGUUUACUAGAUUAUUUUUACCUCACGAAAUUAUUUGCAUGACACAAAUAUUUCACAAUUGAUUUAAGAGAGUAACUUUUGACUAGUAGAUAAUUUAACGUGACCUCAUACGGGGAGAGUAAUAUAAUCCGAUCUCUGCUACCGGAAGUGUAAAAACGUGUAGAACACAGAUGAACGCGUCGACGAUGAUAUUGCGGAAUAACUGAACUGCUUCAUUAAUGUAUUGGGUAAAUGAUACAUGCUUUCACAGACAGCAAGAUGAAAUCGUGGUCAUAAAAAGUCUCGCACUUUUCUUCCAAAUACCAGUUCUUAUCUUUUAUGAAAAUGGGAGACACACAAGUACACUAUCAAUCGAAAAAUAUACUAAGCGCGUAGAAAGACUGAUUAGUUUUAUCAUCCAUUUUAAUACGUUUGAAGAUGUGUAUCAUGCAUUGUACACAGUAAUAAACAACAAUGUAACCUGUGUUAAAUCAUGAAAACAAAUUUAAAGCUGGCUUGAUUUGAUAAUAUAAUAAUUGAUGAACUUGAGGUAUAAAUAGAUUUAUAUGUGGCAAAAUGCGAGAGAUAGAGAAGAUAAUUGUAUUUCGAAUAUUAUAACACAAAUAUGAUAGAUUUAUAAUAUAACAUAUUAAUAUUAUAUACGUUAGAGAACAUGUGUGUAUAGUAUGUGCGUUAUACAAAAUGUGUAUAUAUAUAUAUAUAUACAUAUAUAUGACACA